AUGGCCAUCCACCACCUCCGCCUCCUCAUCAUCCACGCCCUUCAACACCACAAACUCUCUUCGUGGAAGAUCCUUGUCUCUGCAGCAGGAAUUGUGCUCACCUGUCUGAUCAUACUCACAUACUCCAGUACCGCGAGAAUUCGAACCCACAAUUCCGGACUAUCUUUCUCCGGUGCCGGUGACCAGAAGACUACAGAGGCUGGCGAAGGCGACAGCAGCACAGACGCAGGCACAGAUCCUGCCGACAGCAAGAACGCCUGCUUCAUCGACUUGAACUUUCUUCGUCUCUAUGUGGACAAUGCCUCAACGAUCGAAUAUGCCCGGCUGAACAUCGGUGUCUCGCGAACCGAGAAUUUCACCUCCUUCGACGACUCCCUUGAUACCAAGAUCCCGCCCUACAGCACCGUCCACCUCGAUACCGCCAAUACUCGAGAACUUCGUCCAGAGGAAAACUGUAGAGAAUCAAUAAUUAUCCAGGCGCCACCCGCCGAACCCCGGCCCGAUGCCUCACACAUGAUCUUCGGUGUUGCGACCUCGCUGGAGAAGCUGGAAGAUUCGCUUGAUGCAUUCGCGCAUUGGGCCGGUGGUACAAACGCGCAUAUUAUCGCCGUUGUCGAACAAGGAGGGUCCUCAAUACGAUCACGGAUUCAGAGCCGUGCUGAGAAACUGAAACUCCGGUUGACGAUCACUCAGACCGAAGACGACCGGCUGGAUCGGUACUUCUCGCUCAUACGCGUGCUUUACCAGUACCAUGAGCCUUCGCCCACGGGGACCACCACGAAAACGACAAAACCGACGCAGUGGGCCGUUUUAAUAGACGAUGAUACAUUCUUUAUGUCGAUGCGGAACCUUAUCGCCCGGCUAGCGACCUACGACGCCAUGGUUCCGCAAUACAUCGGCGCCAUGACAGAAGAUCUCGCUCACCUCUCGGGGUCUGGAUAUAUGGCUUACGGCGGCGCAGGAAUAUUCCUAUCCAUCCCCCUUUUGCAGGAUCUACAGCAUUACUUCGAAACAUGCCAGUCCCUCAAAGAUAAAGGCGACCGCAUGCUCGCCUCCUGCAUCUACGCACAUACAUCUGCAAAAUUCACAUGGGAGCGCGGUCUCUACCAGCUGGACCUGCGCGGUGACGCAUCAGGAUUUUUCGAGUCCGGCCGUCCCCUUCCGUUGUCUGUACACCACUGGAAAUCCUGGUUCAGUGCGGACAUGGUCGGUAUGGGGAAAGUCGCGAGGAUCUGCGGCGAUGAGUGUUUGCUUCGCAGGUUCUACCUAGCAAGGUCAGAGACGAAGGACUGGUUCCUUGUUAAUGGGUACAGCGUCAUUCAGGAUCGGACGCUGUGGAAUGAGCCCCGACCUAUGGAGCAGACAUGGCAAAAGAGUAAAUACAAGGGUGACGAUCCAUUUGCAUAUAGUCUGGGGCCGCUAAGGAGGAAAGACGAGGAUAAGGUCUCAUUCUAUCUGAGAGGUGUUGCCGAGGAGACGGAGGCAGACAGAGAGGAGGUGAGGCAAAUCUAUGUGUUUAAUGCAACGGCUGAGACGCCUCCGCGGGUCCUGGAGGUUGCUUGGACGGUUGUCGAGGAAUAA